GUGCAUUGCAGAGAAUUACUCAGCUACAGUCAGAACGGGGACCACAAGUAUUUUAAGUUCACAGAAUAAUGAUGAAUCAAACAAACCACACCGAGGAUGUCUUCUCCUGCUACAGUCCUUCUGUUGAAAUCUACCGGUACUUCGCUGUGCUGUGGGGAUGUGCUGUAACCAUCACAGGUACGGUCGGGAACCUGAUGACUGUUCUGGCUUUCGCUUUAGACCCACGUCUGAGGACUCGCUUCAAUGUGCUCAUUGUCAACCUGGCUGUCGCUGAUCUCUUGUACUGCACCAUCCUGCAGCCCAUCUCCAUCGACUCCUAUCUACACCUCAGGUGGCGCAGUGGUCAUCUGUGGUGCAGAAUCUUCGGCCUGCUCCUCUUCCUCUCCAACUCUGUCUCCAUCAUUACCCUCUGCCUGGUAGCAGUGGGCAGAUAUCUCCUGGUUGCAAAGAGAGCUGUGUUUGACCGUGUUUUUUCUAACCACGGUCUUACUUUACUCAUCAUCUUUGCGUGGGCGCUCGGCCUGGUCAGCUUUGGUCCACUCUGGUCUGUCUAUGUGUUUGUGCCACAGGUGUGCACAUGCAGCUUCCAUCGUACCGAGGGUCGUCCUUACACCACCAUCCUGCUAUUUUUCUACUUUUUUAUUGGUCUGGGCUUUGUUGGUGCAUUCUACCUGCUAAUUUACAAAAAAGUUCAGGCUGCAUCACAGGCUCUGCUCCGCUACAGACUCAGCCGCCGGUCAUCCAAGACAAAACCAGCAUCUUCAGUUCAAGGGACUGAUGACAGCGGUGUGGAGAGCGGCAUAAAGACAUGCACCUCUGAUCUGAGCAGCCAUGAAAUAUCCCAAAACAUGGAUGUGAAAAAUCAAGAUGUGACCUGUGAAAAGUCUUCCUUUUUCACCACAAGCAAUGACACAGCCUUAAAUUCAUCAGCAGCAAAGAAGCCUUCCACUGAUAUCAUCGAAAAACCACCUACAACCACACCUGCUAAAACAGCCCACUCAUCGCAUUCUGCAACCUCAGGGGACGACAGUGAAUUCAAGCGUGUGACACGGAUGUGUUUCACUGUUUUCCUCUGUUUUGUGUUCUGCUUUGUCCCAUUUCUGUUGCUAAACAUAGCCGACAAACAGAACCGCGCCCCACAGGUAUUGCACAUGUUCUGUGCCAAUCUCACCUGGCUCAACAGCUGCAUUAACCCUGUGCUGUAUGCCAUCAUGAACCGCCAGUUUCGACAGGCCUAUCAUGUGGUGCUCAGUAAGAUGGCGGCUCCUUUUACCCGCCUCUACGGCAGGUAAAACAUAUCGCUACUAGAUCCUGAUUCCUUGGAACUGAAACUUGCCCGACAUACAAAACUGCUUUUGUGAUUCUUCUUAUUCAUGUUACAUUACAGCUCUU